AUGUUAAGCACCUCCCUCAUCUCCCUCGUCCUCGCUCUAGCAGCCACGAGCGUCAGGUUCGUUGAUGCUGUAGCCCCUGAAGGCUUUCGGACCGUGUAUAUCACUUCGAAUGUGGAUGUGAAGUUUGUUGUUGUGCCGAAGACGCCGGUGAAGGGGGGGACGACUUUGGUUGUGUUUGUGAAUCCUUUUUCUUCCCUUUUCUUUGAAACUUCUUUGUUGUUGUGGAGGAGGGAGGGAGGAGGGAAGGGGGGUGAAGAGGAGAGGGGGAAGGGGAGAAGGUGAGGGGAAGGGGAAAGUGCUAAUGUGUAUGUGCUGUAUAGGCAAACGAAAAAUAGUAAAGCUGAGCAGCACUGGUAUAUCAAAGAAGGGAAUACGGCGAUUCAACAUGUCGAGUCGGGGUUGUGUAUGGAUGCUGGGGGGAAGUGUUAG